CUCCUCUUUGUUUCUUCCAUCAGCUUUAUUUAUUCCCAUUAGAUCUCUCUGUGAUGAAUAUCACAAGACCCCAUCAACAUCCUCUACUUCUCCACACUCAUGCAUGAAACUAUUCAAUUGAGUAUCUUUGCCUCUGCAAAAGGAAACGGAACUUCAACAACAAUAACAACUCACCCAACCCAACUCUGCUAUUAGUUUCCGUUUUCCUACUUUCCCCCACUUCAAUUCUUUCCAAAACAACCACCACCCAUGAUGUCACCUGAUCAUGUUCUGGCGAAAUCAUCAUCACUUUACAACAAAGAAGAUAGCCAAAAUCCUCAGAACAACCGAAAGCCAUCCUCAACAAGGCCUCAAGAGCAAGCUCUCAAGUGUCCCAGGUGUGACUCCCCCAACACUAAAUUUUGCUACUACAACAACUACAGUCUCACUCAACCCAGGCAUUUCUGCAAAACUUGUAGAAGGUACUGGACCAAAGGCGGAGCCUUGCGCAACGUUCCCAUUGGCGGCGGUUGUCGCAAGAACAAGAAAAUUAAGUCUUCUUCAAGGCUCUCCGGUGACUCUAAAGACUCCGGUUCAACUUCAGAGAUGGGUGGCUUGAAGUUCUUCCAUGGUCUCUCCCCAGCCAUGGACUUUCAGCUCGGUGGGUUAUCAUUUCCAAGGAUGAACGUCGUUAACCCUUCUGGACCGGGUAUUUGUACCCGGUUUUCUUCUGUUGGAGAUCAUAGUAACCCUUGUUUCAGUCUUGAUUCUACUGGCGGCGCCGGUAAUAAUUUGAUGGGGUUUAACUUGAAUCCACUUCCUUCUGUUAAUAAUAGCUUCAGUGGUGCAGUUCAAGAAAUGGGUGGUUCGCUAAAUGUUAACAGUAGUCUAGCUUCUUCAAUUGAGUCUUUGAGUUCUAUAAAUCAAGAUUUGCACUGGAGGUUGCAGCAGCAAAGAUUGGCUAUGCUUUUUAGUGGAGAUCAGACUCAAAAAGAAAACACUCUCUCUUCUUCAAUUGCUCUCGAGAACCAGCCACAGAAACCACAACCCAUUUUGUUUCAGAACCUGGAGAUUGCGAAACCUCAGGUUACCGGUGGUGGUGUUGGGGAUAAUUCAAGAAAAGAAGGUGCCAGUAGUUCGGCUACGACUGAGUGGUUCUUUGGUAAUUAUGAACCACUGGGUGCUUCUUCCACUCCAACAACAACCAGUAGCGGUAACGGCAACGAUAACGGAAGCAACUGGAAUGGCUUUCAAGCGUGGAGUGAUUUUCAGCAUUACAGUGCUUUACCCUAGAGGUAGACCUAAAAGGAUGAUGAACAAUUAGAACAGGAUUUAACCAAUGAGUAAUAUCUGAUCACAUAAUAUUACGAAACUCAUUUAGGUAUAUAUUUGAUUGUUCCUAUUAUAUUAGGUGCAAAGGAAGAUGAGAUAGUGUUUUUAUAUUUUGUACAAUAGUACUCUUAAAUGUUGAUGUCAAUCUAUUGUUUAUGUUUAUGCUGAA